AUGUUCUUCUGGGUUUGUAUCAUUUACUUUUCACGUCUUGAUCGUGGUCCUUAUGGUGUCUUUACCACAUUCAUGGUGUUUCGAUAUUUUAUUGUGCAUUAGGGAUAUGUUUGCCAUCCAAAAUCCUGCAUGAUCUUGAAUCAUAUUAUGCAUAUUAUGGCAUGAAACUUUUUCUAUAUGCCCUCCUCUAUUGUGAUUGACGUACAAAAAUGCUUCCCUAAGGGUAAAGUAUGUCUAGAUCUUGUGAACUAACAACAUUUCUAACGCACUCAUUUUCCUUUUGCAUCACGAUCAAAUACCAAUCAUCGUAGAGCAUUUGAAGAUGUAGUGAUUAUUAACAAUCAAUGAUUUAUUCUACUGUCAAGAACAAAAAAUUUGUACGGUUAUAAAAAAGAAUUUUUGUUAACUAUUUUUUUUGACGUCUAGGAAAUCUAGGGAAUUUUCAAUUUAUACGAAAUACUAUGGUUACAAUAAUUGGAGUCUAAACGAAGUUCCAUUGUGAAAUAGCAAAGAAAAUCUGCGAUUACUGACUGCCCUUGAUCUCGAAUAAUUUCAAUCUUGAUCUUUACCAGGUGUUCUGAAUUCUUGAUAUGUAUGGCUUUUUGCCAGGUAUCAGACCUAGUUUUCUUUAUUAUGUAGAAUAGUGUUAUCAGACAGCAAUCAUUUUUAGAAGGUUUCUUGACAUGGGUUUAUACUAAAAGCCAGAUGGAUCCUACAGUUGGAGGCGCAUUUACAGUUUGGCGAAAUCUCACGGAAGUUGUUGUUGAAUCAUUAAGAAAAAGUAAGGACUAAUUGUAGAGAACGGCAAUAGAUAGUGAUCAAUCAUCCCCAAACGAAACAGUUAUUCAACUUUACUGUCUUAGUGAUAAGGCAAGGCCUUUGUUGGAGACAAGUUGCAACCUUCAAUUUUGAGGAUUGUUAGAAUGGAAAAUUUUCGCCUAAGUUUGUGUAUGGUCAGAGAAAGGAAAUAAAACACCUUGGAGAUAGAAAUGAAGGUAGCAUUAUCAUGACAAAUCCUUCUGCAUUUUUUUCCUUGCAGCUGCACAGUUCGGUGGCACUGGCUAGAUUGAUAGACAUUCGUCCUCAUUUAAGACAGAAUAUUUGUAUAGAAAAUAAUCUGCAAAUGACUAUUGAAGUAUUAUCGACUUUUAAAUGCAAAAACUGCCGGAAAUGAGUUGCUGAUUGAGUCCCAUCCACACAGGAAAACUGAUCGUUGGGAUGAUUGUGGGAUUAUGUAGCCGAUAGAAAGGCAGAAACAGAUUGUUGUUGCGGUAUAACUUUGGGCGAGUGAGUAGUCCUUCUAGAGUGAAUAGAGGUUGUGGGCGCUAUUACUGGGUCUUCUUCUUUACAUGGUGCGCUUAUUUACUUCUACCAGUGUAUUCCCAAAAUAAUAAGCAUAAUCUCUGAUCACAAGCAAUAAAUUUUGAAGGAAACAAGCCCUCGUUGUAUUUUUGAAAGGUUCUUUUUUGUACAAUGUUAUGAGUUAAUUGGGAGUAA